ACAACAAAAUAAAAUAAAAAAAAUACAACAAGCUAAAAUGUUUCACUUAUUUAUUUGUUAGCAGCUUUGUUAGUAGCGGGGAGGUCGUACCCCCACCCCCAAAAAACAGUUGCCAAUCCAGCCAAACAACAACAAUAAUUUGCAGAUGCCGCAGCAAACAAAAUUCUGUGUGUGUUUUUUAACGUAAACAUUGCUCGAAUUUUUGUCUAUAAACGUGGCCAUGCUGAACUAUACACUGCCCUUAUCCUUGGGCAUACUGGCAGGACUGCUGGGCUUUGUGGUGGGCAUGCUGCUGCAGCAGGACUCAAGUUAUCGCAGCAUAAACAAAGCCAUAUCCAAUGAUCCGUAUAUAUAUGAGCGACGUCAGCAGAUCUACGAGGCGCUGCGCUUGUUGGGCAAGCAGCAAAAUGCACAAACAGCGUCGCCCAGAGGUCAAGAGCAAGAGGAUGAGCUGAGCAGACAGUGGGAGCUGGCAAGCAGAACUUGCGCUGAGAUGCGUUUGUUUGAGGAGCAGCAGAAUGAAUCGGUUGUCGCCCAUUAUAUGCGACGAUUGCAGUCAAAUAUACAUUCUGUGACCAUGUUCUUCUCCUAUUCCUGCUCAAUAGACCCACCCCAGCGUACGCCCUGCGCUGUAAGCACACUAAUGAAAUAUGGCUUUCCCGGUCUGGAUGAUAUACAUAUCUAUCGAAACUUUGUGCUGUCCUACGAUAGACGCAAUCGCAUUGCCCAUUGGGUGUGCGAGCAUUUGGCACGCGACAAACUGGACUGCGAUGAUCCGGUGGUGCAUAAGCCAUCCGAAUUUCUGGUGGACACCAGUAUACCGUUAUUAUUUCGCGCUAGUGCACGCGACUUUUACAAAUCGGAUUGGGUGGGCUCACAGCUGGCAUCGCCGCUAAAUUACAAGUGCAAUGCUUACGAUUAUUUCGAGACCUAUAUGCUGACAAAUAUCGUGCCCGUCUCUCGUGGCCUCAAGACGAACGUUUGGUCCCGUCUGGAGCAGCAUGUGCGACAAUUGGCUCAGCAGCACGGCUCGGUGUAUGUGUACACGGGUCCGUUGUUUAUGCCGCAGCGCAUUACGUUUCGCAAUUGGGCGAUCAAACAUCAAGUGAUUGGCGUCAAUACGGUGGCAGUGCCAACGCAUUUCUUCAAAGUCAUCAUUGUGGAGAAUGAGGAGAAUUGUGAUCAACUGCCCUACAUGGAGGGCUAUGUGGUGCCGAAUGCUGAACUGGAUAAGGAAAUCGAACUGAGCGUAUUUCUAAGCGAAAUACGCGAUAUUGAGCACUUUGCUGGCCUCAAGUUCUUCGAGGGCGAUCGCAGGGAAUAUCAAAAUUUAAUUGAAAAUGUCGAAUCGCGAGCUACGCUUGAUACUUAAAAUAGAAAACUUAAUGCAAUAGCAACUCAAUCAUGUCAGUCAGCGUUUGAGCAUUAAAAAAAA